CUUCUCAUGAGUUUAAUUUAUUUGGAACAAAAAUGAAAUUAAUGCCAUUUGGAUCGGUUCUAAAUCCUUCUUCUUCUUCUUCUUUACGACCUCCAAUGGUGUCAACUGCACUUCCGCCAUGUCAUGCAAGAGUUGAAGCUUCAAGGAUCGAUCAAGUGUGGAAAACCAUUAGAUUAAAUCAUUCUAUUGUCAAUUUUGGAAGACUGAAUCAUCUACCAAGUAAACUGAACUAUCCUGAAAGUGUCAUCAAGUAUUAUACAGACUUUCAUGGACAUCAAAGAAGAAGAACAAAGUUUCUGGCAAAUGCUACCAUUGAAUAUUCUCACGACUCACAUGUUUCUGAUGUCAUUCGUUCACAAUUUGAAGGCAAUUCACUUGGAGCUACGUGGGAUGUUAUUUACAGAUACUCAAAAGUUUACACGCUUCAAGGAAACGCAAUUUCCAUCGUCUCAAUUUCUUUGCUUGCCAUCCAGAAGCUUUCAGAUUUUACUCCAUUAUUUUUCGUUGGACUAACCCAGGCAGUGAUCGGAGGCGCAUUGGCCAACUCCUAUGUUGCAGGCUUAAAUCAACUCUCAGAUAUUGAAAUCGACAAAAUUAACAAGCCGUAUUUGCCAUUACCAUCGGGGGAGCUUUCAGUUAACACCGCCAUCCAACUCACCUCAUUAUACGCUAUUUUGGGUUUUUGCGUUGGAUGGAGUACUAAAUCUUGGCCGUUGAAGUUAGGUCUCUUUUUAUGGUAUGCUUUUGGAACUGCAUAUUCAGUUCAUCUUCCAUUAUUACGAUGGAAGAGGAUUCCUGCACUUGCUGCAUUUUGUGUGUGGAUAGUUCAAGGAGCAAUCAUUCCUAUUUUAUUCCACUUGCACGCACAGAAAUACAUACUUGGAAGGCCACUAUUACUUUCGAAGCAUGUCUUUUUUGUAUUUGGAAUCAUGAGCAUCUAUGCGGUCGUUGCCGCACUAUUUAAGGACAUUCCAGAUGUCAAAGGAGAUAAGAUAAAUGGAGUUAACUCGUUGGCAUCACAAAUCGGUAUAAAACCGGUGUUUUGGCUUUGUAUAGGGCUCCUUGAAAUGGCAUAUGGUGUGGCUAUAUUAAUAGGGUUAUCAUCAACCCGUUUUUGGAUCCGAUUGAUAAUGGUAAUCGGUCAUAGCAUUAUUGGUUGUAUACUUUGGAGAAAAGCAAACUUGGUUGAUCUCAAAAACAAUGCAGCCAUUGAAUCAUUGUACAUGUUUAUUUGGAAGUUACAUGGUGUAGAGUACUUGCUUGUGCCCUUCCUAAGAUUUUAAGCAUGUAGAAGCGACAGGUGUGGAUUUCUUUUAUCAUUUGAUUUCAAUAUAUAUAUAUAUAU